AUGCCGGCCUUCGACGAGAUCCCUCGGUCGCCGAUUCUCGAGUUCGAUUUGCACAUCGACGAGACGUGUUUGAGUAAGACUGCUUAUUUUCGUUCCGUCGUUGCAAGCCUUGUGCUAGAUGCGAGGACCUUGCACGAUGCCACCACCGUCACCCUGGGCUGCGAGCUGGCCAUGGACAAGAUUGGUUUCGUUACCAGUCGCAAGCCUCUCAGCGAUGCACUGGAGGCCAAGCUCAGGCCCUUAGCAGGUGCUGGCAAGGCCAGUGUUGUCAACUUAGGCAUUGAUUUUGCGGCUGGCAAGCCGAUCCGUUCUGCAGGUGGUGGCCGUGGGGCCAAACUGAAAGCUCGCCUCGCUGCUGCUGCCAAGAAGAGCCGACGCCUCGCCCGUCUGAGCAAAGCGGUCGGGCGAAAAGCUACCAAGAUGUUUGCGGCUGGCCCCUUGGCUGGUGGUGUUUUUGGGCCCGAGGUUUACGGCACUUCCGACCGUGAGCUGUUGACUCUCAGGAGAAUGGACAUGAGCACCAUCAAAACCAG